AUGCAGCCAUAUGAAAAUAAUAGAGGGUUAAACAGUUACAACAACAGCAAUAUCAAUGCUAAUAGUAAUGCUACAUUUUAUAAUAACAGUAAUCAAAAUAAUGUAAAUAAACCAAUGAACAACCCUUUUUUUUAUAACAAUAAUACUGCUGAUAUAGCAAGUAAUAGUAAUAAUCUUAAAGGAAAUGAAAAUGUGUAUAUACAAGGUUAUUAUCAUCCACAACAGCAAAUGCAACAGGGAGGAUAUAGUAUUCCAAAUCAACCACAUAUGAAUACAAGUAAUAUAAACGAAAAUAUAUAUGGAGAUGGAACAAAUACAAAUGCAUAUUUAAAUAACCAAGCACAAUAUCGAGGUGUGCCUAAUCAAUUUAUUCCUGUACAAGGUAGCCCUACCAAUAUAUUAAAAACACAAGGAAACGUAUUAGGGUAUGAUACUAGCGGACAUGUAAAUAAUGUAGUACAACCAAUUAUAAAUGAUUCUUAUCAAGAAUUUUUACAAUUUAAUGCAUUUUCUCAUUUUGUAAAAAGUUCUGUAAGUUAUAUGCCAGCAAAUACAACAUUAAAACAGAAAGCAUAUGUGCCUUUAGGUUUUGUAAUACAACCAUUAGCUCCAAUACCUGAGGGAUAUCCCGAGUUAUCAUCAGUAAAUUUUGGAAAUUCAACUGUUGUUAGAUGUAAAAAAUGUAGAACAUAUAUAAACCCAUUUGUUAGGUUCGAAGCAGGAGGGAAAAAAUGGAAUUGUAACAUGUGCUAUCAUGUGAAUGAUACACCUCAAUUUUAUUUUGUUCCAUUAGAUGAGAAAGGAAAAAGAAAAGAUUUAUUUCAAAGACCAGAAUUAUGUACGGGUAGUGUUGAAUUUAUUGCCCCAAGUGAUUACAUGAUAAGACCCCCGCAACCUCCUGUUUAUUUAUUUUUAAUUGAUGUAACAGUGACAUCUGUUAAUUCAGGUUUAUUAGAUGUGGUUUGUAGUACUAUUAAAAAAUUAUUACCAAAAAAUAGUGAUCUUAAUAAUAAAAAUUCAUUCGAUUCUCGUACCUUAAUUGGAAUUAUGACAUUUGAUUCUACUGUUCAUUUUUACAAUUUAAAUUCAAAUUUAAAACAAACACAAAUGAUGAUAGUACCAGAUAUACAAGAUAUAUUUAUCCCUUUACCUGAAGAUAUUUUAGUAAAUGCCCAUGAAUGUCAAAAUGUGAUAGAUGUGUUAUUAGAUAAUUUACCUACUAUGUGGAGAAAUAAUAAAAUGAGUGAUUCUUGUGCUGGUAAUGCAUUAAAAGCAGCAGUAAUGGUAUUAAAAAAAGUGGGUGGAAAACUUUUAUUUUUUGUAUCAUCAGUGCCAAAUAUUGGCGAUCUAACAGUAAAUGUAAAUAGAGAAAUAAAAGAUAAAGGUAGUAGUUAUAAAAAUAUAUAUAGUUCAAAUAGUUCAGGAAAUAAUGUUGUAGAUGCCAAGGUAAGAGAAGUGGAAAUGUUAACUCCUUUUAAUAAUUUAUAUGCCGAAUUAGCACAAAACAUAACACAAUAUCAAAUUGCAGUAGAUUUGUUUGCAUGCCCAUUAUAUAAUCUCGAUUUAGCUACCAUAUACCCUUUAAUUAAGAAUUCAGGAGGUUCUUUAUAUUAUUAUCCACAAUUUAAUGUACAUCAAUAUAGUGAUAAAUUAAGAGAGGAAUUAUUAUUUGCAUUAACAACAGAAAUUGCUUGGGAAUCAGUAAUGAGAAUAAGAAUAAGUAGAGGAUGGAAAAUUACUAACUGGUAUGGAAAUUUUCAAUUCAGAGGAGUAGACUUAUUAGCUUUACCAAAUUGUCACUCUCAUCAAAAUUUUAGUAUUAUUGUUGAUUUGGAAGAAAAUGUAGUUCAAGAUUCUGUGGUCUAUGUCCAGUCAGCUUUAUUAUAUACGAACUCUAAUGGUGAAAGAAGAAUUCGUUUACAUACUUAUGCUUUGCCUGUUACACAGAAUAUUAAAACCAUUACAGAUUCAGUUAAUCCUCAAGUUGUUGUAUCAUUAUUAUCUCAUCAAGCAAUAGAUAUUACUAAGAAAGGGAAAAUAGCUGAUGGAAGAAAUUUAAUUCAAACACUUUGUUCUCAGGUGUUAUCGGCACAGUUACUACCAUCAGAAAGUGCUAGGUUAUUAUCUGUAUAUAUUUUAGGUAUGCUAAAGUCAAUUUCUUUUAGGGAUAGUGGAGACAUUUCACCUGACUUAAGAAUUUUUCAUUGGUCAAGAGUUGAAAAUAUACCUGUGGAAUCAGUAGAAGCCUAUUUUUAUCCAAGAAUGUUUAGUUUACACAAUUUAGAAAAACAUCAUGGUAACUAUGAUGAGAACAAUUCUAUUAUGCUACCUGACACGUUGAAUUUGACUUGUGAAAUUAUGACACAAGAUGGUUGUUACUUAGUUGAAGAUGGGGAACAUAUUGUUAUGUGGAUAGGGAGAAGUAUCAAUCCCCAGUGGAUGUAUGCAGUGUUUGGAGUUCAAUCCAUAGAACAGUUAAAUUCGGAAUAUGCGGAAAAUCAUAUAGGGUCAACCGGUAAUCCUUGUGGUGUGCAAGUAUUAAACAUAAUUAAUGUGUUAAGGAAAAAUAGAACACCCUCGUAUAUGAAACUGUUGAUCGUGAAGCAAGGAGACCCAUUGGAAUAUAAAUUUUUCUCAUGUUUAAUUGAAGAUAGAUCACAACACAUGAUGAUGUCUUUAAAAGAAUUUUUAGCAAAAAUUUGUCCCAAAUACCCGCAGUUUGUUCCUUCUUUGAACAAUCCGCAUGCUGCGGCACUUGGUCGUUAA